AUGUUCUCCUCCUCGCUUCGUGUCAUUUCUCCUCGCGUGAGCCGCUUGGCGACGGUUCGCAGUUUGUGUGCUCCAGCCGAACGCUUUCGCACGGUGCUCGAAGAGUAUCGCCUGGAACACUUUUCUCGAGAGUUGCCUUCGCGUUUCCGCAAGGAAGUGGUCAAGGCGUUGAUGACAAAGGAGGAUGCCGCCAACAUUCAGGUGGAUUCUCUCAAUUUGAUUCUCAACAACAUUGGUCGGCCGGAUCAAUGUCUGACGGAAGCUGAGAUUGAUCUGAUCUUGCAGGACUUGGGUUGUGCGGCUCAGGAUCGAUCGGUGCCGGUCGACAAGAUCCUUCAGUUGAUGUGA